UGACGGUGGUGGGGUUAAGAGUUUCUGGUUCUUGAUUCUUGAAUUAUGUAUUGACAUUCUCACCAUUAUCCCGAAGGAUCACAUAAAGUAGCUAUGGAAUCAGAGCUCGUUGAUAAGGCGAUCCAGAAGCUCAACAAAGAAUCAUCUCCUGAUACUCUCCAAGAAGAUAGAGAUACUGAUAAGCUUCUCCUUUCUAGAUUACUUUCUGAGUUGGAAUCAUUGAAAAGUGGAAGGAAAGUUGAGAAAUCAGAAGCAUCAGCUGAACAAAAGGAUCCUUUAGUUGGUGAAGCAGAGCUGAAAAAUGAGAAAGCUACCCGAGUGGAAAAUAGCAGCUCUCAAAUUGGUGCUGAAGAGAUAAUGAAGGAGCUUAAAAAGGUAAGGAAGCAGAAUAUAGUGACCCAUUGCCUUCUUUCGGCCAUGAUUGUCCUCACUUUAGCUUGGCAAUUAUCUGAGGUUUCCCUCAUUUUGAAAGUUAAAGAUGGGUUGAAUCACCCAUUUAAAUCCUUAGGAAGUAUGAUUAAAGGGAUGCUAAUAGCUCCUCGAUCAAAUGUGCAAGAUGCAGAAACAGAACAGCAUUCAGAAGCAUCUUCAUCUUCUGUGCAUCUUCACAUGCCAGAGCUUCCACAUGUGAAUUUGGGAUUAAAUGAUAAAGAUGACUGAGAAGGUUCUAUUGUAUUCCAGAAUAAAAACAAGAUUGUUGCCUUUUGCUGGAACUACUUGAAAUUGUUUAGAAGCUACAGAGACAAUGUCAUUGUUCUCAUAUUUCAGUCAAAAUUUUUGAAAAAUAAAAUUAUAUUGCCUUUUACUUCA